AUGGCGACGACGACGACGAACGCGACUCAAUCGCAGUCACCGCAACCGCCAUUACCGUCGGCGGAAGAAAUAGCGUCCAAGGCGUUACAGAAGCGUUACGAAGGAUUGAUGUUGGUGAGAACAAAAGCAGUAAAAGGCAAAGGCGCGUGGUAUUGGAGCCAUCUCGAACCAAUCCUGCUCCACAACACCGACACUGGUCUUCCCAAAGCCGUCAAGCUCCGGUGCUCCUUAUGCGACGCCGUUUUCUCCGCCUCUAACCCUUCUCGAACCGCCUCCGAGCAUCUCAAACGCGGGACCUGCCCCAAUUUCAACUCCAUACCCAAACCCAUCUCCACAAUCUCCCCUUCUCCUCCUCCUCCGCCGUCUAAUCGAAAACGAAAUUCCUCCGGCGGAAGCUCCGUCGCCGUCGAACCGCUGAACCAUCAUCACCCGGGGUCUUACCACGUGACGCCUCUCACCGUCGUUGAUCCGUCGAGAUUCUGCGGCAGGGACUUGCAGUACUCGGCGUCUUCUCCCGCCGUUGGGUUGCUCUCGCAGCAGCCGCAUUUGAUGCUCUCCGGUGGAAAAGACGAUUUGGGUCCUUUAGCCAUGCUUGAAGACAGCGUGAAGAAGCUCAAAAGCCCCAAAACUUCGCAGACGCAGAAUCUGAGCAAAACCCAGAUAGAAUCUGCGCUUGAUUCUCUCUCCGACUGGGUUUUCGAAUCCUGCGGCUCCGUUUCUCUCUCCGGCCUCGAGCACCCGAAGCUGAGAGCUUUCCUGACGCAAGUUGGGUUACCGAUCAUCUCAAGGAGGGAUUUCGUCACCGGGAGGUUGGAUUCGAAGUACGAGGAUUCGAGAACAGAGGCCGAGUCGAGGAUCCACGACGCAAUGUUCUUCCAAAUCGCUUCCGACGGGUGGAAAUUCGAGAGCUCCGGCGAGAAUCUCGUCAGCUUGAUCGUGAACCUGCCCAACGGGACGAGUCUGUACAGACGAGCCGUGUUCGCGAACGGAGCUGUUCCGUCUAACUACGCGGAGGAGGUUCUGUGGGAGACGGUGAGGGGUAUUUGCGGGAAUUCACCUCAGAGGUGCGUCGGGAUCGUCUCCGAUAGGUUUAUGACUAAAGCGUUGAGGAAUCUCGAGAGCCAGCAUCAGUGGAUGGUGAACCUCUCUUGUCAGUUCCAAGGAUUCAACAGUUUGAUCAAAGACUUCGUCAAAGAGCUUCCUCUGUUCAAAUCCGUCUCUCAGAGCUGCUCGAGGCUCGUCGGUUUCGUCAACAACACGGCGCAGAUCCGAAACGCUCUGUGCAAGUAUCAGCUGCAAGAGCAAGGAGAAGCAAGAACGCUGCAUUUGCCUCUUGAGUGUUCCUCCUCGUUCGAGCCAUUGUAUAACCUCCUUGAGGACGUUCUUAGCUCCGCUAGAGCGAUUCAUCUGCUGAUGCAUGACGAUGCUUGUAAGGUUGUUCUGAUGGAGGAUCACUUGGCUAGAGAGGUCGGUGAAAUGGUCGGGGAUGUCGGGUUUUGGAACGAGGUAGAUUCGGUUUACUCGCUGUUGAAGCUCGUUAAAGAAAUGGCUCGGAGGAUAGAGGAAGAGAGGCCUUUGAUAGGGCAAUGCUUGCCGCUUUGGGACGAGCUUAGGUCCAAGAUUAAAGAUUGGUACGCUAAGUUCAACGUAGUUGAAGAGAGACAAGUAGAGAAGCUCGUCGAGAGGAGGUUCAAGAAAAGCUAUCACCCGGCUUGGGCUGCUGCGUUUAUACUCGACCCGCUCUACUUGAUAAGAGACAGCUCCGGGAAGUUUCUUCCUCCGUUCAAAUGCUUGUCGCCGGAGCAAGAGAAAGAUGUCGAUAAGCUUAUAACAAGGCUUGUCUCUAGAGACGAGGCACAUAUCGCUAUGAUGGAGCUGAUGAAAUGGAGAACGGAAGGGCUUGAUCCGGUUUACGCACGGGCGGUUCAAAUGAAGGAGAGAGAUCCGGUUUCAGGGAAGAUGAAGAUAGCUAACCCACAAAGCAGUAGACUUGUUUGGGAAACUUAUCUUAGUGAGUUCAGGUCAUUGGGGAGAGUUGCUGUUAGGCUAAUCUUUCUCCAUGCUACUUCUUGUGGGUUCAAAUGCAACUCUUCUCUUUUGAGAUGGGUGAACUCUCAUAGACGAUCACGAGCAGCCAUGGAUCGAGCUCAAAAGCUAAUUUUUAUAUCAGCAAAUUCGAAAUUCGAGAGGCGGGAUUUCUCAAACGAUGAAGAGAGAGAUGCUGAGCUUCUCACUAUGGCUAAUGGUGAAGAUGUGUUAAACGAUGUUCUCAUUGAUACAUCAUCAGUGUGA